AUGUCGGAGUCAAAAUUACGGUUCGAGGUGCUCGAAGAGGAGACGCACUACCCCGUGACUAAACAAAAGAGUGUUGGCAAGCAGGAGGAAAAUGAGCAACGAGAUACUAAUGAAGAAACGACGGAAGAGACACUGGAGCAGCAGCUGGAGCGACUCGUGCUCAGCGUCAAGAACGACAGCGACGUCGAACAAGACACUGUCAAAAAUACCCUUGAAAAUGUCAAAAAUGCAUCAGCAGCCAAAGAACUUGGCAACAAAUUUUUUUCUCAAGGCAGCUAUUUGGACGCUAUAGAGUGCUACACUACGGCACUAAAGCUCUGCCCUGCAGAGGAAGAGUACGCCUACAGCAGAGCAGUGUACUUUAGCAACAGAGCAGCGUGUCUGCUACGGCUUGGAAGGACAGAGGAGUCGGUCGAUGAGUGCACACAGGCCGUAACGCUGUCGCCUACGUACGUCAAGGCACUUUUGCGCCGAGCAGAGGCAUUUGAGAAGCUGGACAAACUCGAGGAAGCAGUAGCGGACUUUGACGCUGUGUUGAAGAUCGACCCGACGGUGCGCACGGCUGCACAAGGCCGCGAACGUUUGCAGAAGAUUGUGCAUGAACGCCAGGAGAAGAUGAAGGCGGAGAUGAUGGACAAACUUAAAGGGUUUGGCAACACUAUCUUGGGCAAGUUUGGACUCAGCACUGACAAUUUCCAGAUGGUGCAGGACCCCACGACGGGAUCGUACAGCAUCAACUUCCAGCAAAAUACGGGGGAGUCAGGUCAGCAAAAGCCAUCGCAACAGCAACACAAGUAG